AUGGGCGGGGCAGUACGUCCUUGUAGCACUUCAUUCGACUAUGUGGUCGCGGCUCCUCAGUGACAACUCUCACCUUAGUCGUCGCCCCUCCGCGGCUUUGUGCUUGAAACCAAAAUGAAGAAUAUAAUCUGGCCCUUCUUAUCACUUCGCUUCAAUUUCCUCGUAGGUCACGCACGCAUAUGAUUCGUGCGUGCAGCAUUGCAUAUUACUUCUUCUAAUUCGCAUCCGGGGCGCCAUCAGCGUCGUCUGGUAGCAUAGAAGAUUUUGAGCCUCCACUUGUGAUAUGCGAUCCUGGUCACCGCAUAUCGCGACGACUCGGCAUAGCAAGCACGACUAAGGCAGACCAUCAGGAGUAUCAUCCGAGCAGGGAUUCCCGUCCCGUCUUUCUGAUCGAUCCUGAUGGCCGUUUGGUGUCCACAGUACUUCCACGUGACGGUGCGCCGGAUUUUCCGCAUUUACUGCGAAUGCUGGAUGCUUUGGUGGUAUUGAUGUUCAUGAGAACAGCAUCCUUCCCGUUUUCACCUACUCUUUAUUCUUUCAAAAUCUUGCUAGUCCAACGUUCUGCAUCGCUCGAUCUUCGCUUUCUCCAAAGCUGCGAUCCUCAUCUUGCUUCUUGGUUCUUGAACAGGUUUUACGCGGCCACGAUCCCGUGUUGGGUCCGAUGUCGACUUCUGCCUAUUCCGUUUCGUUUUCAUACAACUCAAAGAAGACUCCAGGAGCUCCGGCUGGAUCGACGGAUGAAGGAACUAAGCAAGCGGGAAUAUUGCUGCCGACAGUUGAAGAAAAUAAUAUUCAUAACGCAGAUGAUUUAUGGUCAGCUUUUAUCCAUCUUUCUCGGCAUCGUGGUAGCUGGUACCCUUUUGCCCUGGGUGUACUCUCAUGAAACACAAGGCAAAAGGGACCAAGAUGAGGGGACCGAUACGCAUUCUAGCACGCGCUAAAUACUGCCCCUGUCCCAGCUGUUGGCAGGCUAGUGGAGCGCUGUCGAUCGAGGAUAGCGAACACCCACACCGAGUCCAGCACAACUGCCAUUCAGAACAAUAAAGGCGACGAGGGCGAUAUCAAUAUUCUUAAAAGCCGAGGAAUUGGAAUCAUGUUGCAACGGGAGGAGGCUCUUGUGGCUCCGACUGGAGGCGGGAAGAGCGAUGAAGAGGUCUCGGCUAAACUUCCGAUAAGUGCGUCGGAAGAUGAACUUGAAAGAACCAUUGAAAUUCCAAGUUCUACUUGUUCUGCGUGUGCUUCCAACUUGUUCUGCAAGAGCAAUGUUAGUUUUACUGGAAAAACAGGUGGGGGGCGAGAAAGUAGUGGGAUCGCCAGCACGCGCGAGGAUCACAUGAAACUAUGGAGCGACGAGACUGGGACAAGCCAUCCUGCUCCUGUCCUGCUUCUCCCUGAUGAUCGCCGGCAUUGUCCUUCCUCGGCAAAACGGCGCGUCGAUAGUGGACCUGUCCGCGAAGAUGAUACAACGGAAGUUCUCGCAUGCUUUGGCAACGCCGAGGCCAAUCCGGUUGACGCGCUGUAUACAGUGCGGAGCGAAGGACAAGUGGUAAAAGUCUCCUUGUUUGUCUCCCUUUAUUUUUUAUGCUGGGUAGCAGCUUAAUAGAUUGAAAAUAAACAGAGAAAAAUGCACCCUGUUGUAAACGGUCUCCAUUCAUUUUCAUCCCCCUUUGGAAUAAUUUGAUUGCAUCCUAUUAAUUUUUUUACCUUCGUUCAGUCUGAAUCUCGAAAACAGGUCAACGCCGGAAAUUAUCCAAAAUGGCAGGGCUUUGUCCGUGCUAAUUCACCUUGUUCGACCUACGAAACAAACAUCGAUACGAUAAAAUCAUCAGAGGAUUAUAGAGACUUCUGUGAGUUCGAGUUGAACCCUGUUCCUGCUGCUUCUUUCGCAACAUCUUCAGAAGGCGUAAAGCGAGAACUCAGUGAAAUAAGUACUAGUACCCAAGAGCGUUCGGAGGCACAGAUCUUUGCUGCAGAAAGGGAGAAAGAGUGGCAAGAAUUGAUGGAUUAUGUUUUGAAUGGAACGUAACUCUGACCGCUAUUAGGAUGGUUUGAAUUUGAUGAAACUAGAUGGACACGACUGAAAUUAAUAAGAAGAACCUUACCUAGACGUAGACAGGGCGAAUAGCCUGUAGUUUUGAAGUAAAAAUAAAUGACAAUUAUUGAGCAACAUGGUGCCUACCUUGAUCAUUGUAAUCUUCGAUAAAUGUUGCACUAGUGUAAGUAUUUACCGACUCGCAUCCAUGAUGCGAUGCGUGCAUGUAUGUGAAUGGCUCUGAUAUUUGGUAGCCUGAUUUUAUUGAUUAAGAGGAAAACAAGACGAGGAUCCUUGCGAUCAAAUUCAGGUUACCAAAUACCAGGGCCAUGCAGUAACUGCAUCAAAAAGAUUUGGGCACAAGUGCAGUGAACUGAAGUUGACCAUGAUGAAGAUGCAAAGUGGUGCACCCCUCUUCAUAUUUAAAAUCGUUUUAGACACGUGAAAACUCAUAUUUAAUAUCGUUUUACAAAAAAACACUCCCUAGACUACCUCUAGAUACCCACAAAAAAAUCUGCGUGCUCGUUUUGGAUAAUAAGAACCUUUCUUUUUAGACAGUAUGCUGGCCUCUAGGUCUAGUCCUCUCAUCAUUAGUAUCGCUUUAUACCUUGUCUAAAGAUAUGACCGCAGAACUCUGUCUGUGCCUAACUUGUCUAGAAGCACUUUCUUUUCAGAUCGUCAGAAAAGUUGGCACCAGGGACAUAUGCAUGGAUAUGUACGCAUCUACUCCCUUUGGAACAAGUGCAAGGUGUGCAAAUGUAAUAAGACAAUUGGAACUUGUUCAUGCUGUUGCCGCGUGACAUGAUGUCAUAGCUGCAGCCUUCUCUCAAGCUUGUUGUAGAGUUCAUCAGAUGCGAUUGCAGCCAUAUCGCCUGCGCUUCGCUUUUCUGAGAUGUAGUGGCG